AUGGCAGAGCCAGCAAAGCAAGUCGCCGAGUUGCCUUCAUUGCAGCCGCAAUACGUCAAGGCAAUCGAGCUCAUCGACCAGGCUCAUGCAGAGGACCCAAACCUAAUUGAUGGCCCGGAAGGACCCAAGACGCUACCUUACGAGCUUCACUAUGCCCGUGAGAUGACAAGAUGGUUGGCCAGCCGGUACCCUGCCGCAUCUCCUACUCUCCAACUCGCAUGCCGGGCCCAGCACUUCCGGAGAUGGGAGCUACCACGGAGCAGUUUCCCCAAGACACGCCCGGGUUACCUGACCUGGCGCGCCAAGCAGAAGUCCCAGGCCGCCGAGCAAGUGGCCGCUCUCCUCGGCUCUCCAGCCAUUCAGCCCCCCAUCCCGGAGGAGGAGCGUGCCCGGGUGGCGGCGCUGAUCCGCAAGGAGAAGCUGAGCACGGACGAGGAGACCCAGGCGCUCGAGGACGUCGCCUGCCUCGUCUUCCUAGACGACCAGUUUGACGACUUCGAGAGCAAGGGGGACUGUGACGAGGACAAGAUCGUGGACAUCCUGCGGAAGACGUGGGGGAAGAUGAGCGAGCCCGGGAGGAAGCUAGCCUUAGGAAUGGACUUGAGCGAUAGGGCCAAGCACUUGAUUGGGAGGGCUCUCGCGGGUUGA